UGGUCAACAAUCGAUUUUUAGAUCCCACGUGCAAACGCAUCUAAACACAUUAGAGUAAUUUUAAAGAAAUUUAUUUAAAAAAAAUGUCUAUACGAGAGAAAUUGUUAAUGAAAAAGAUUAAAAAACGUGAGAAAAUGAAGAAGGAAUUAGCCCAGAAAAAGGGAGCAGCAAAAAUGAAGAAUCAAAGUCUUAAAAAUGGAAAUCAUGAUGAAGUUGAUAAUGAUUUCCAGGAGAUGCCACAACAGAUUCCAAAUAAGCAACAGAAGCAAAACAAAAAGAAACAGCAAAUGCAAGUCGUUAAUUCAGAUUCCGACAGUGAUGACAAUGAUGAUGAUGAAGAGGAGGAGGAGGAACAUGAUGACGAUGAUGAUGUUAGCGGCGAAGAGGAGGAAGAUGAACAAGAAAGUGGUGAUGAUUCCGAAGAAAGUGAUGAAGACGACGAAGAAGAAGUCCCAGCGAAAAAACUCAAAAAAGAUUCUUCGCAAAAAGAGAAAAAGCCGAAGAAAGUUGAAACAGAAGGCUUUGAUGAGCUGGAUCCUACUGCUGCCGCUGAAGCUUUAUCUAGACGCGAUAACGCUGAUCGUUCUUUUGCUUCACUCAAGGGCAUCGUUUCGGAUGCUACUCUUAAAGCUAUUGAACAAAUGGGUUUCUCCGAUAUGACUGAAAUUCAAGCAAAAUCCUUACCGCCAUUACUGCAAGGUCGUGAUUUGGUAGGAGCUGCUCAAACGGGGUCAGGAAAAACGUUGGCCUUUUUAAUACCAGCUGUUGAACUUAUAUACAAGCUACGUUUUAUGCCUCGCAAUGGUACAGGCGUUAUUAUCAUAUCUCCCACACGUGAACUUUCCAUGCAAACCUUUGGAGUUUUAAAGGAAUUAAUGGCUUACCAUCAUCAUACCUAUGGCUUGGUUAUGGGUGGAUCCAAUCGACAGGUGGAAAAUGAUAAACUUAGCAAAGGUGUUAAUAUUUUAGUAGCCACUCCGGGACGUUUGCUGGAUCAUUUGCAAAAUUCUCCUGAUUUCUUGUAUAAAAAUCUGCAAUGUUUGGUAAUAGAUGAAGUUGAUCGUAUUUUGGAAAUUGGUUUUGAGGAGGAGCUUAAACAAAUUGUCAAUUUGUUGCCGAAACGUCGUCAAACAAUGCUAUUCUCUGCCACACAAACGGAAAAGAUUGACGCCCUCUCGAAAUUGGCCUUGAAAAAGGAACCCAUUUAUGUGGGUGUUGAUGACAAUAAGGACACCGCCACUGUAAGUGGCUUGGAACAAGGUUAUAUUGUGUGUCCUUCGGAAAAGCGUUUAUUAGUGCUGUUUACUUUUCUGAAAAAGAAUCGCAAGAAGAAGGUCAUGGUAUUCUUUUCUUCCUGCAUGUCUGUGAAAUAUCAUCAUGAGCUUUUCAAUUACAUUGAUUUGCCAGUGACAUCGAUACAUGGUAAACAAAAACAAACCAAACGUACCACAACUUUCUUCCAAUUCUGCAAUGCUGCUGAGGGUAUUUUACUUUGUACGGAUGUAGCUGCACGUGGUUUGGACAUUCCCCAAGUGGAUUGGAUUGUACAAUUCGAUCCCCCAGAUGAUCCAAAAGAAUACAUUCAUCGUGUUGGUCGUACUGCUCGAGGUACUGGCAGUUCAGGUCAUGCCUUAUUAAUGUUGCGCCCUGAAGAAUUGGGUUUCUUGCGGUAUCUGAAGGCAGCCAAAGUUCCCCUAAACGAAUUUGAGUUUUCAUGGAAUAAGAUUGCUGAUAUUCAAUUGCAGCUGGAGAAACUUAUUGCCAAAAACUAUUUCCUAAAUCAGUCAGCCAAAGAGGCUUUCAAAUCCUAUGUGCGAGCCUAUGACUCUCAUCAAUUGAAAACCAUCUUCGAUGUCAACACUUUGGAUUUGCAGACAGUGGCCAAAAGUUUUGGAUUCCUGGUACCACCCGUAGUCGAUUUGAAGGUGGGAGCAGCCAAACGUCAGAGGCCAGAGAAACGCGUUGGCGGUGGAGGUUUUGGCUAUUACAAGAACAUGAAUAAUGAUGAACGCAAACAACGUACUUUUAAGCAAAUCAAUCGUGAACAGUUACAAAAGAGGGGUAAAAACUUUAUGAGAUAAUCAAAAAUGAUGAUUUUAGAUUUGCCUAGUUUUAAAUAAUUAUCGUACGUGCAUACAUACAGAUGUAUGGGUGGAUAUGGAAAGUGUAUAUUUGUCACCGCAUUGUCUUUUACCAAAAAGUGGGUAAAGAUUUAUUUACGUAGUAAACAAAAAGAAAGAAAUAAAGUAAAACAAGUUUUUAUUAUUGUACAAGUA